GUUCUUAUAUAUGAUCGAUUCGGCCAAGAUAUCAUUUCUCCACUUCUGUCUGUUCGUGAACUUAGAGACAUGGGAGUAACCCUUCAUUUACUACUACAUUCUGACCGUGGUUCAUUACCUGAUGUUCCAGCCGUUUACUUUGUCAUGCCGUCUGAAGAAAAUGUCACAAGAAUUUGUCAAGAUUUCCAAAAUCAACUCUACGAGACAUACUAUCUUAAUUUUAUAUCAGCUGUAUCCCGGCAACGUCUUGAAGACUUGGCAAGCACCGCUCUACAAUUCAGUGUAGUUUCACAAGUAUCAAAGGUAACUGUAACAACAACUUGCAUCUGCCAUGACAAAACUAUUUUUCUAAUUAUGUGCCUAGAAUUUCUUUUAAAAUUUCUUUAA